GGUUACUGGUUUUGAGGAUGUGGGGGCUGUUUGUGUAAGACUUCAAUCCAAUUCUCAGUCAUGGAUAUGAGAAAAACCUGAAGAAGAGUGGAGACCACAAACUAACCACCGUUCCUUCUCUGUAGUCUCCUUGUUCCAAUGGCGGCGAUCAUAAACUCCAAUUCGUUUAUCUUAACCACAGCCCCAAACGCCCGCCGUAGCUUUGACAACAACAGCCGUAGGCAGUUUUCCGUCUACGCCAAGAGUUCUGGAACAUUCGCUUCGUUUCGCUUGGGGAAAUCGAGCAAUGGAUCGCCAUCGUCCGAUGGCGCUCCGGCUGAAGAUUCCGGUAAUUCGAAUCCGUUUCGUUUCAACUUCGGAAAGAUACCGGAUGUGAAGUCUCUGAUUCCGGUUGUUAGUGAUACUUCGUCUGGUUUGUCAUUCGGAAACGCGAGGCGGAAGGAUCCUAAUACGGUGUUUGUCGCUGGCGCUUCUGGUCAGGCUGGCAUUCGAUUGGCGCAGACGCUGUUGCGUGAAGGUUUUAGUGUCCGUGCUGGUGUGCCGGAGCUUGAUGCUGCUCAAGAAUUGGCUCGUCUUGCUGCCAAGUAUAAGGUCAUAUCUAAUGAAGAAUCGAAGCGAUUAAACGCAGUCGAAUCCUCCUUUCAAGAUGCCGAAUCGAUAGCCAAGGCGAUCGGAAACGCCAGUAAAGUUGUAGUCACUAUUGGCGCUGGAGAAAACGGUCCGACCUCCGAAGUUACCACAUCGGACGCAUUGCAAGUAAUUCAGGCAGCACAGCUCGCCGGAGUAGGCCAUGUGGCCAUCGUCUACGAUGGCAACGCAUCAAACUCCUCCACAAACAAUGUACUCGACGGCCUUUCGUCAUUCUUCAACAACCUGUUCUCCCGAUCUCAGGAGUUGUCCGUAGUGGAGCUCUUGCAGAAAAUAGUUGAAACCGAUGUCAGCUAUACGUUCAUCAAGGCAAAUUUGGUAGAAGACUUUGAGCCUGAACGGGCCUAUAAUGUCGUCGUCAGAGCAGAAGGAAGCGCUAGUUCAAACGACUACAAAGUGGCCAAGUCACGGAUAGCAUCGCUGGUGGCCGGCGUUUUCUCGAACACGGCGGUGGCCGAGAACAAGGUUGUGGAAGUUUAUUCUACUCCAUCAGCACUCUCAAGUUCAGUAGAGCAACUUUUCAGCGCCAUUCCCACGGAUGGGAGAAGACAGGCUUAUGCUGAAGCACAGGCCAAGGCAAAAGCAGAGGAAGAAGCCAUAAGAACUGCAGAGAAAGCUCGUGAAGAGGCAGAGGCCGCAAAGAAACAACAACUUGAGGCUGCCAAAGCUGAAAAGACAGCCCAAGCUGCUGCUGCUGCUGCUGUUGCCGAAGAAUCCCAGAAGCAAGAAUCUGAUGAAGUAGCCUUCUUCAACACCUUAUUGAACAAAGCCAAGGAUUUCAGUUCAGAGCAAUCCCAAAAGCUCAAAAAGCUCUCAGAAAAAGAACCCAAGGCACCCACUAAACCCAAAGCCGAAGAGGCGCCAGAGAAGGUCGACAGUGCAGCAGGCAGUUUAGUCAACAACUUUUUAAGCAAAGCCAAGGGCUUCGGCUCGCAGCAGCCAUGGGAUAAACUAGCUUUUCAACUACCAAAACAACCUGAGGAAUCAAAUGUUCAGAUAGCCACAGUGAGAGGACAGGCUAAGGCUCGAUCUCUGCCAUCAAAGAAAGCAGCCGUGAGACAAGCAAUGACCAAUUCCAAGCCCUCGUUUGCAGCCAAAUCAAAAGAAAACUCAAAGCCUAAAGCCAAAGAGGAGGCAAAAGCAGAGGUAAGGAAGGUUUUUGGUGGUCUCUUUAAGCAAGAAACCAUAUAUGUUGAUGAUGAUUAGGAAGAAGAAAAUUAUAUUAUUGAUUGUUUCUGACUUUUAUGGCUGAUGAUAGAACUCUUUGAAGAGCUUAUUUUUAUUUGUGUAUGUAUUUCCAUUGUAAUCUAUGCAUGUAUCUGUUUCACGAGGGUUGGUUACCUGAUUUUACGAGUUUCAGCAAAGAAUAUGUGAGCCUGUCGUGUGAUUGUAACAUUCUAUUGUUUUUCCUAUAAUUGUGAACGCAAUUAUCCAACUCUUGUAAA